UUCCGCCUGCCUGCCUGCUUCUUAUCAGUCAUCUUCCCUCGUUUCCCCCAUAGGCACCCAUAUAUCUUCAUUUCUGUUUCGGUUCUACUAGAAAUUGUAUGCGGUCACCAUGGGUGCCAGUUAUUCCAAGCCAGAGCCCAUAAGCCAUAGCGAGGAAAAGCGCUCGCACCGCGAGUGGGUUGAAGAUGACGACACUUGUUCUCUGCCACUCUAUACAAAGGAGUCAACCCAGCCUCCACCACCAUACCAUGUGCGCGAACGCACUUCCACUCUCUCCCUCCAGCACGUCCAAGACUGGAACGAGACCUUACUGGGCAAUGCCAAGGCAAGUAACCGUCUCGCCAUAUCUAGUCUCGCCAGCCAACCCUACACAGAAGUGCUAGCCAACCGCCCCGCUCUCCAAUCUGACCUCCACAUCUUCAACAUCAAAGUUCCCAUCGAAGGCUCCCCGAUCACGAACCAGCGAUCCUCCGGCCGAUGCUGGCUCUUCGCAUCGACUAACGUAUACCGAGUGCCGUUGAUGAAGGCGUAUAACCUGAAGGACUUUGAGCUGAGCCAAGCAUACCUAUUUUACUGGGACAAGCUGGAGAAGGCGAACUGGUUCUUCGAGCAGAUUAUCACCACUGCUGACGAGGACCUUUCCGGUCGUCUGGUCCAGAAACUCCUCGAAGACCCCGUCAGUGAUGGCGGCCAGUGGGACAUGGUCGUCAACUUGAUUGAGAAGUAUGGUCUCGUCCCGCAUGAUCUGUAUCCGGAUGCAUAUCAUGCGCAGAAUAGCUCCAAGAUGAAUUGGUUGCUCACGGCUAAGAUGCGUGAGCAGGCGCUUGUGUUGAGACGGCUGGUGCGGAGUGGUGAUGCGGCCGGCUUGGCGGAUGCUAAGGAGCGGUUCUUGAAGGAGAUCCACUCAAUGGUUACUCUUCUGCUGGGGCCCCCACCUAGUCCUGAUGAGACGUUUGAGUGGCAACUCACCCCACGGGAGUUUGCUCGUCAAGCCACGAGCCUGGGAGUUGUGAAAAAGGGCAGCGUCGCUCCUGCGCGCCUGUUCAGCCUGGUCAAUGAUCCGCGCAAUGAGUAUAACCGACUUUUGACAGUGGAGAGGCUAGGAAAUGUGCUGGAAGGACGACCACUCACGUAUGCCAAUGUGGAGAUGAAAGUCCUCAAGAAAGCGGUCAUCUCAAUGCUCAAAGCUGGUCACCCUGUGUUCUUCGGUUGUGACGUAGGCAAAUUCAGCAACAGUGCACUAGGAAUCAUGGAUCUCGACAUUAUGGACCUCACCCUGGGAUUCAAUAUCUCCUUGGGAAUGAGCAAAGCCCAGAGGCUUGUGAGCGGAGAAUCAGCAAUGACCCAUGCCAUGGUCAUCACAGGUGUGCAUAUCGAAGAUGGAAAGCCAGUGCGCUGGCGUGUCGAGAAUUCGUGGGGCGAAGCUGCUGGCGAUAAGGGCUGGUUUGUGAUGACAGAUCGCUGGAUGGAUGAAUAUACCCUUCAGGCCGUGGUGGACUCAGACUUCGUUUCGAGUGAAGUGCGCGCAAUUUUAGACCAGAGUCCGAAGGUCUUGCCCAGGUGGGACCCGAUGGGCGUGUUGGCUUGAACUUGCUAUUCCUAGUAUUCAGUGCGGC